CCGGGAACAUGGAAAACGCUCGGCUCUGCCUGCUCUGCCUGCUGGGCUCCGGCCUCAUCCUGCUCGGCACCCCCGAACCGGUACCGGAGCUCCGGCCCGCCCUGAGCCCGCCCGGGCACAGCCGGGAGGAGACGGAGCUGGUGGAGGUGCUGCAGGAGGUGCUGGACAAGCUGCGGACGCGGGAGCCGCCGGCGCUGGAGAAGAGGCUGAGCUGGCUGCCCUGGUGCGAGCCCCGGGAACCGUGCGCGGUGCGGCGAGGGGCGCGCAUCGGGAAACUCUGCAGCUGCCCCCGCGGAACCUCCUGCAACCUCUUCAUCCUCAAGUGCUCGGCGGGCUCCGGGGACACCGGGGGACACCGGGGGACACCAGCUGCCACCCGCCUGCGCCCCGGGCACGGGAGGGAGGGGGAGCCGCGGGCCCCCAGCCCCCUCCCCGCACCGGGAUGGAUCCGCACCGAGCAGCGCCGGUGCCCCGGCCCGGGGGCUGACGGUGUCCAGGGACGCAUUAAACCAUCGGAUCCGCGCCUGCCGCCUGCUUUUUUGGGGGGGAUUUUGAGGUUCCCAGCCCCCUCUGGCGCCUCCUGA